AUGAUCUUCACCGGCACAACGCGGGUCGCUUUGACCGUGGUCACAGUAUUCGCAUGGUUUGCGGCAGGUCAAAGGAUUACAACAAUACAGUUGGAUGGCACUCAGUACUACAUCAGCAGGAUGAAUCCAUAUUCAGCGGAAUUAAACUACUUUUUGGCAUAUGAAUAUUGCAGAUCAAUUGGAUUGCAAUUGGCUUCAUUUGAAACGUUGGAAAAAACAAAUUCUAUAUCGGAUUUCUUAAGAAAUGCUGGUUACAACAAAUUCGACUAUUGGACAUCUGGAAACCGCUUGGGCACCGACAUGCUCAUCUGGAUGUCUACAGGUCUGCCGUUCAACACGACUUUCAACCAAAUGAAACGACCGAACAACCCGGACAACAAUGGUCUGGACAACGAAGACUUGAAAAUGAACGCCAGGCCGGAACUGCCCAUAGCUAGGAAAAAGAGGGGCGAGAGUGGUUCCAGGGACGGAUGCGUCGCGAUCAAAGCGCCCAACAUGGACUGGGUGACGGCCGACUGUACUGACCUGAAGGACUUCAUUUGCGAACAGACCAGGUGUUAUUAUUACAACUACGGGUCGAUUCCGGUGUCCUCCAGCCAGGGUUUUGGUUAUAAACAAAAAGCUGCAGCAGUCCCAAUUCACUCAAACAUAUCUUUGGAGGAAAACACUUCCACUCCGACAACUACUACUACCACCACUACUACCAUAAAUCCCACCACAACUACCACCAUUGCAUCCACAACAUCCGAAAUCACUACUACCACCACCAGCACCACCACGCCAGCUUCGCCCGCUGUUAUGGUCCCGACCCCUGCCGCCGCCGUCGAGGGCUACGCGGCCACCGACAUCCGCCGGAAGUCAGAGGACGACGACGGCAACGACGACGAUGCUCCUAGGUCGGCGGAACCGGAACCCGUACUGACGGUCGCGACGACAUCCGGUCCGGUGGUCGACGACUCGCUGUCCGCGAGCACGACCGAGCCCCUGCAAAGUGGAUAUCAAGAGUCGCAGACAGACGAACAACAGUCGACCGACGGACGAGCGGACAGUCAGUAUUAUACCACCGAACUUCCGACGCUCAUUCAGAUGCACAAUCAACAACAGCACGAACAACAACAGCAAGACCAACAAGUGCACAGGCAUUAUCAACGUGACGAGGUGCAACAGCGCGGGAAACAGGAAGUAGAUCGUCGAGAUCAACUGCAGCAGCGCAACGACGCCUACGCUUUCGAAUCGCUGGAAAAGGCUUUUGCCACCGCAGUGCCGCACAAGAUCCGAUCUACCAAGGACUUGGAACAGCCCAAAGACGCUGUAGCAGGAGCAGCUACCGGUGAUCUACAGUUACCGUGGUCGUGGGCCAAAGACAUAAUGUUGCAAAAACCCGUGUUGAAAAAGUCGUCGCAAGAAGUCGCUUAG